CACGCAAGCCUCAAAGAAAAGCACUAAAGCAAAGCAACAAAGGAGCUAGCAGGAUAUAAUAAGCAAGCAGCCUAGCAGCAGGUCUGAGACGAGAGGAGCAGCGGCAGCAACAACAACAAGAAGCAAGAAGAAGAGCUAGGCAAGAAGAGGAGCUAGGCCAGAUGCACUCACACUCACACCCAUACUACCCGCACCGUGUGAGCAACACGGUGGUCGGGUACCUCAACCUGGUGACGCUCCUGGCCUCCAUCCCCAUCAUCGGCGCAGGGCUGUGGCUGGCGCACGGCUCGGCGGCGACAUGCGAAUCCGCGCUGCAGGCGCCGCUCCUGGCCAUCGGAUUCGUCGUCCUCCUCGUCUCCCUAGCCGGCUUCAUCGGCGCGUGCUACCACGUGACAUGGGCGCUGUGGCUGUACCUCCUGGCCAUGCUGCUGCUCGUCGUUGCCCUGCUCGGGGUCACCGUCUUCGGCAUGGCCGUCACGGCGGGCGGCGGCGGGCGGCAAGUCCCCGGCAGGCCCUACCAGGAGUUCCGGGUCACGGAUUACUCGAGCUGGCUGCAGAAGCGCGUGCAGGUGGAGCGCUACUGGCGGCCGGCGCUGGCAUGCGUGGUUGGGUCGAGAGCCUGCCCCAGGAUCGCCGCCUGGACGCCGCUCGACUACAUGCAGCACAGCCUCACGCCGAUACAGUCGGGAUGCUGCAAGCCACCCACGUCCUGCACGUACAACCAGGGCGGCAUGCCCGUGGAGCCGCAGGACGAGGACUGCUACCGGUGGAACAAUGCCCCCGGCAUCCUCUGCUACCAGUGCGACUCGUGCAAGGCCGGGGUGCUGGAGCAGGUGCGCCGGCACUGGCACAACAUCACCAUCCUCAACGUCGUCGUCCUCGUCGUGCUCAUCGCCGUCUACUCGUGUGGGUGCUGCGCUUUCCGCAAUGCCCGCCGUGCCGAGGCAGCAUAUGGGGUAAACCGCAUGUCAAAGAUCAAUCCACGAUGGGACUACUUCUGGUCAAGGUGGUGGAAUGGCCAAAGAGAGCAGCUGUAUUAGGGUAGCUAGUGAUGGUACAUAUGGCUAAGUAAGGUUUCCGAGGAAGUCCCCUUUUUUUAUAAUGUAUAUCAACUUUUAUAUAUACGGCGAGAGUUUUCUCCGGGUGUUUUAA